CAGGGGGACACGCGUGGGGGGGGGUGGGGGUGACUGGGGACCCCAGCCCUGCGCCCGCGGGGUGCAGCGAAACACCCGCUUAGGGCAGCAGAAGCGUUUCUCUCGGUUUCCAGCUGCGUUUUGGGGUAUUUUUGGCCGUGGUGGGUCCAGGAGGGAUGCUCUGCGGCACAGGGGUGGAGUGUCCUCUUCUGUAGUCAAGAUGUGGCUGUCCGUGUCCAUCGUGUGCGUCCUGGUGGCCUUCGCCAAUGCUCGCAGCAUUCCUUACUACCCUCCCCUCUCCAAUGAGUUGGUCAACCACAUAAACAAGCUCAACACCACCUGGAAGGCAGGGCACAACUUCCACAACACUGACAUGAGCUAUGUGAAGAAGCUCUGCGGCACCUUCAUGGGUGGGCCCAAGCUCCCUGAGAGGGUAGAUUUUGCUGCAGACAUGGAGCUGCCUGAUAACUUUGACUCACGGACACAGUGGCCUAACUGUCCUACCAUCAACGAGAUAAGAGACCAGGGCUCUUGUGGCUCUUGCUGGGCUUUCGGUGCUGUAGAAGCAAUUUCAGACAGAAUCUGCGUACACACGAAUGCCAAGGUGAGCGUGGAGGUCUCGGCGGAAGACUUGCUGUCGUGCUGUGGCUUCGAGUGCGGCAUGGGGUGCAAUGGUGGUUACCCCUCUGGCGCAUGGAGGUACUGGACAGAGAGGGGCCUCGUGUCUGGGGGUCUCUACGAUUCCCAUGUGGGCUGCCGUCCCUACUCCAUCCCACCCUGUGAGCACCACGUCAAUGGCUCCCGGCCACCGUGCACCGGGGAGGGGGGAGAAACCCCCAGGUGCAGCCGGCACUGCGAACCCGGCUACUCGCCCUCGUACAAGGAGGACAAGCACUACGGCAUCACAUCCUACGGUGUGCCUCACAGUGAGAAGGAAAUCAUGGCUGAGAUCUACAAGAACGGCCCAGUGGAAGGAGCCUUUAUUGUCUACGAGGACUUCCUGAUGUACAAGUCUGGGGUCUACCAGCACGUGUCCGGUGAGCAGGUUGGAGGCCACGCAAUCCGGAUCCUGGGCUGGGGGGUGGACAACGGCACUCCAUACUGGCUGGCCGCCAACUCCUGGAACACUGACUGGGGGGACAACGGCUUCUUCAAAAUCCUCCGAGGACAGGACCACUGCGGCAUCGAGUCCGAGAUUGUGGCUGGCAUCCCCAGGCCCGAGCAGUACUGGAAGAAGGUGUAACCUUCUUGAUCAAACCACAAAUAAUCCCAAGUCCCUGAUGCUUUUAACUUGAUAGCAGGUUGGGUGCAGAGCCCCCCCUUCUAAGAGACUAUAGUUGAAAUUACUUUAUUAAAGCUUUUUAUCUUCUUUUUUUUUUUUUUUUUUUUUUAAAUGGUAUGGUGGAGCUGGAGGUGGAACUUCUCUCUGCAAGCCCUCUGUUCCUGGUGGGUCGUAGCUAUGGGGCAUUCCCUGCGCAAAGGACUGCUGGAGGGCUCGCUGGCCUCUCGUACCGUGGUAGUUGGUUAGCCUGGACCCCCUUCAGCCCAGUCUGUUACUGGGAGUGUAGGAAGCAGUAGCUUUAUGCUGGGACUGGAGACUUGGUGGGGUAGUGGAGAUGGACCCUGCUGGGAAGCCAUGGCCAGGAGUGAUCUGUGCAUCCCUGGCUGGGUUGGUCUGACUGUUAGCACCCGAAACAAGCAGGGUAUGUUAGCGAGUGCCUUGAAUUGGCUAAACUUAGACCUACUGAUGACAAAAUACUGACAAACUUGAUGUGGGGCUGUCUCUGACCAGAGCUGUGUUAAGGCCCCUCUUGCCUGCAACAAGUCCUUUGUGCAUCGCUUGCUCUGCCCCAUCCGUUCGGUUGCUUUUUUAAACCACUUGUUCCUUAGCUGUUUAUUUUGGGGUGGUUUUUUUCCUGCUGUAGCCUGGGGUUAUUGAUCCUAGGGAAGGGCCUGGCUGGAGCUCCACAAGCCUUUGAUCAAAAGUCCCGCAAGCAUCUAGAAGCACGCUGGAAAGAGCAAACCACUUUUUAUCCGUGGCUGGGAAGCUUGGCGCAUGCAGCGGGUCGUGCUUUGGCAGGGGUGCCGCAUCCAAAAUUGGUGCAGUGCUUUGGGACUGCAGGUGCUGAGCAGGGAUGAGGAUGUUCUACAGGUCUGCUGCAGGGAGCUCAUGCAGGUGCUUGGAGGUAUUUUGCUAACUUGCACACAAUUGAAGCUUUUUUUUUGGCCCUUUUUUUUUUUUUUGAGCCACAGGUGUUAAGGAAGAAGAAAAAAACCCUUAUUUUUGUUACUGGGGGGAGGUGUAAAAGCUGUGUAGGAGGAAUCAUGUGAUUUGCCAACACUAAUAUAGCAAAAAAGCUCUUUUUUUUUUUUUUUUUUUUUUUUUAAAUUUUAAAGCACAAAGUAUAUUCCAGGCCUGGAAUGCGUGAAGCAGGCUCUCCCUCGCACUGUACGAUAGCCCCUUACCUCUGCUUACUCUGUCUCACGGGUGUCUGAGACCAGUGUCUACGAAUGGAACAACUGUGCCAAUAAAUGAUUUCUCCAGUG